UGGGCCCAUGCUCCACAACAACGCAAAGCAGCAAAAGCCUCCAAAAACCCCUCAGAAAAUCCUUGUCGAAGGCGCGGUUCAGUUUUACUGUUUCACUUCCACAGCGCAAGGCAUACGACUGAGAAAUGGGAAAGAAGAAGAGAGCCGAAGUGGAAGCAGAACCCGAACCGCAAACAAACAACCACACGAAUCCCAGUCUCCUUAACGGCGAUGCUCACAAGAAAAAGAAGAAGAAGAAAACCAAAGCAGAGAAUGAAACCAACAGUGAAGCAAAAGCCGACGAAAUUCCCACCGUAAGUAUAGCUGUUGCCGGUUCCAUCAUCGACAACGCUCAAUCUCUUGAGCUCGCUACUCGGUUGGCAAGUCAAAUUGCUCGUGCUGCGACUAUUUUUCGAAUCGAUGAGGUAGUAGUAUUUGACAGUAAGAGUAACUCUGUGAAUAAUGGUUCCUUUUCCUUUCCCACACAAAAUAAUUCAAAUGAAAACGAAAGGGGAGCAGCUUUUCUUGUAAGGAUCUUGCAGUAUCUUGAGACGCCUCAAUAUCUAAGAAAAGCUCUUUUCCCUAAGCAUAAUAGCCUAAGAUAUGUGGGAAUGUUGCCUCCGCUUGAUGCUCCACACCAUCUGCGCAAGCAUGAGUGGGCGCCCUUCCGUGAAGGUGUCACACUUAAAGAAAGAGCUACAAGCUCUGUGGGAACAGUGGUUGAUGUAGGCUUAGAUAAGAAUGUUGUGGUGGAUCAAGUACUUGAACCUGGAAUAAGAGUCACUGUUGCUAUGGGUACUAACAACAACCUGGAUUCUGAUUUACCACGCCAAGUUGUCUCAUCUUCCAAGCCCAGGGAAGAAGCAGGAACAUAUUGGGGGUAUAAGGUGCGGUAUGCUUCCAAUAUCAGUUCAGUAUUUUCGGAAUGCCCAUACAAGGGUGGGUAUGAUCACUUGAUUGGUACAUCUGAGCAUGGACUGAUUGUUAAUUCAUCAGAGCUUACUUUACCUGUUUUUAGGCAUUUAUUAAUUGCUUUUGGUGGACUUUCUGGGUUAGAAAAGAGUGUAGAAGAAGAUCAUAAGUUACAGGGAAAAAAUGUCCGCAACAUAUUUGACUUGUAUUUGAAUACAUGCCCUCAUCAAGGAAGUCGAACAAUUCGGACAGAGGAAGCACUCUAUAUAUCACUCCAAUAUUUCCAAGAACCAAUUGCUCGAGCAUUGCAAAGAGCCAGGAGCUGAAGAUAACUUGGACUCUCAAACGUCCAAGCAUCAAGUUUUCUCACCUCUGCUGGAACAAAGAAUGUUUCUCCUUGAGGCCGACAUUCUCCAGAUUUUGAAGCUGGUUGCUGCAUGCUUACGCUCAUGCUCUGGCUCUGAAAGACAGGUCCAUGAAAUGUUUGGUGCCAAAAAUGCCUCUGCCUAUUCUUGUAACCACCAAGUUUUGCCUUCAAGUUAUUCGGCUUUUCUCUUAGCCAUCGAAGCCCUUAUUUCGGAUGCCUGUUUUUUAAUUUUUGUAAUGUGACCUUCAGUAAAAGUUUACUUUGGCGUUUCAAAGUUUUGCUUCAA